AUGGCUACACCCACUGUCCUCACUUUUGACGCUGAGGGUCGAGCCAUUGACUUUGAGGUCUGGCUCGACGACCUGCAGCUGUUUUUACAGUGCGACAGGGCCGACAGUCUGUCUCUCUUUGACCUCACCUCUGGCGCUGUCCCUGCCCCUGCUGCUGAUGCUGACGCCACUGUUCGCUCUCAGUGGGCCACGCGCGAUGCUGCUGCACGUCUUGCUGUGCGUCGCCACCUGCCUACCGCUGAGCGCGCGCACUUUAGUCAGUACAAGAGUGCUCAGACCUUGUUCGACGCUGUAGUUGCACGCUACUCCUCCCCUGCCACUGCUGCACUGAGCCGCCUCAUGCUCCCCUUCCUCUUCCCUGACCUUGCCGCCUUUCCCACUGUCGCUGAUCUCAUCACGCACCUCCGCACUAUCCGGGACCACUUCCUUGCGGUCUGUCCCACCACCCUCACCGUCGACAGCCUCGAGAAGGCCCUCCUUGCAGCAGAGAAGAGCAUAGUUGCUGUAGGAGCCUCUCGAGGUGACCCCCGCGCCCCCAUCUUUGAGGGGUGUUCUCCUUCCCCUCUCCUGCCCUCUGUUGCCUCUGCCGCUGCGGCCGACCUCGUUGGUCUUGAGUCGGUCGGUGCGGCGUCUGCCCCUAGCGGGAGACGCCGCUCUGGCAAGGGCAAGGGGGGCAAGGGAGCGGGUGGGGCUAGUGGGGGCGGUGGCGGUGGGGGUGGAGGCGGCGGAGGGAGUGGGGGUGGCGGUGGAGGUGGUAGUGGGGGUGGGGGUGCUAGUGGCAGCGGUGGCGGCGGGAGUGGCGGCGGCGGUGGCGGUGGUGGCGGAGGUGGCGGAGGUGGCGGCGGUGGAGGUGGGGGCGAGGGCGGUGGAGGCGGAGGCGGGGGUGGCGGAGGUGGAGGUGGUCGGAGUGGGGCUUCGCAGCGGAGCGGCACUGGUGGCGGUCAGCGCCAACAGCAGCAGCAGCAGCAGCAGCACCGUUCUCGCGACGUCCUCACCCCCCAGCAGCUCCGUGAGUGGUACACGCAGCGUCAGCGCGGUGGGGGUUUUGGUCCCUGCACCUACGUUCUCCGCACUGGCGACCGCACUGGAGAGCAGUGUGGGGGUGCCCACCCCGCUCAGCGCUGCUUUGGCCGCCUGACAGACGCUUGGCGUCAGCAGUUCCCGGAGGCCGCGGAGAUCCCCCGCUGGGGAGAGCUAUCUAGGGCUGGUGUAGCUAUCUUUGAUCUUGAUUUUGAUGCUAUCCUUGCUGCCAUGUAUGCUGUGACCACUAGUGAGGAGGGUGACUGUUACCGGUGUUUCCCGCCCGACCCGGGCAUUGGUACUGCUGCUCCAGGUACCGGUGAGGCUUCUGCUCUAGGUGCCAGUGCGUCUGUACUCCCAGGUACUCGUGAGACUGCUCUCUCAGGUACUAGUGCGUCUGCGCUCUCAGGUACUGCGUCGGCUUCGGCCUCCCACACCUUCACUCUUGACUCUGGAGCGUCUCGCUCUUUCUUUCGGGACCGCACCACACUUACGCCGCUUAGUCGGCCGGUUGCGGUUUCCCUGGCUGACCCCUCUGGGGGUCCUGUCCUGGCUCGCUUCUCCACGGUCCUCCCGUGUCCGGCGGCUCCCUCUGGCACCCUGUCUGGUCUCUACCUCCCCUCGUUCUCUACGAACUUGGUGAGUGGUGCUGACCUACAGGAUGGGGGAGUUCACCAGUUCACCCCUGCUAGUCAGCGAGUGACGCACUGCACGGAGGCUAGCACGGGUCGUCACCUGGCUACGUUUACACGUCAGCCAAGGUCGAGCCUGUACACACUGACCACUGCUUCUCCUCCAGGUGCUGAGUCUGGUAGCGUGCCUUCGUCUGGUCAGGUGUUUGCUGCAGCGUCCAGGUCUGGUCCUGAGUCUGCCCCCUGUUCGUGUCGCCGUCUGUCUCACGAGACCCUCCUCUGGCACCACCGUCUUGGCCACCCCUCUCUGCUUCGGCUCAGAGGCAUGGCCUCCCGUCUUCUUGUGUCUGGUCUCCCCCGGUCUCUACCUCCCCUUCCUCAGGGCCCUGGCCCUGCCUGUGUCCCCUGUGUCGAGGGGCGCCAGCGUGCUGCCCCUCACUCCUCCCAGUUUCCUCCGACAGAGGCUCCGUUGCAGACGCUUCACAUGGACGUGUGGGGCCCUGCCCGCGUCCGUGGACUCGGUCACGAGCGCUACUUCCUACUGGUGGUUGACGACUACUCGCGUUACACCACAGUCUUCCCCUUGCGCAGCAAGGGUGAUGUCACUGAGGUGCUGAUCGACUGGAUCCGCGCAGCUCGUCUCCAGCUCAGGCAGAGCUUUGGCUCGGACUUUCCUGUGUUGCGUCUGCACUCGGACAGAGGCGGAGAGUUCUCCUCUGGCCUUCUGCGUGCCUACUGUCGUGCGCAAGGCAUCCGCCAGACCUUCACGCUUCCGGACUCCCCGCAGCAGAAUGGGAUUGCAGAGCGCCGCAUUGGCAUGGUCAUGGACGUCGCUCGUACGUCCAUGAUGCAUGCGGCUGCCCCCCAUUUUCUGUGGCCGUUUGCGGUCCGGUACGCAGCGCAUCAGAUCAACCUCCACCCCAGGGUCUCCAGGCCGGAGACCUCCCCAGCGCUGCUGUGGACGGGGAAGGUUGGCGAUGCGUCGGCGUUCCGGGUCUGGGGAUCUCGGGCGUUUGUCCGCGACUUGUCUGCGGACAAGCUGUCCCCUCGCGCUGCUCCCUGCGUCUUUCUGGGGUUCCCCCCCGACGCCCCCGGGUGGCAGUUCUACCACCCCACCUCUCGACGUGUUCUGUCCUCCCAGGACGUCACGUUCGACGAGUCGGUACCCUACUACCGCCUCUUCCCCUACCGCACUCCGUCCCUCCCCCCGCCCCCGCUCUUCUUGGUACCAGGUCCCCCCCCGGUAAACCCCCUUCCCCCUCAGGGUCCUGCCCCUUCAGGUGUGUCCCAGGUAGACGCGGUCGAGCCUGUCGAGGUCACUGGUGACUCUGGUGCGGCUGCGGGAGCUGAGCCUGGGGGUGCUGAGACUGGAGGUGCUACGCCUGUGGGUGCUGAGCCUGGGGGGUGCUGA